AUGGUUGGGAGGGGGGGGGGGUCUGCGUACGGUUGGGAGGGGGGGUCUGAGUACGGUUGGGGGGGGGGGGGGGGGGAGGGGGGGUCUGAGUACGGUUGGGGGAGGGGGGGGGGGGGUCUGAGUACGGUCGGGAGGGGGGGGUCUGAGUACGGUUGGGGGAGGGGGGGGUCUGAGUACGGUUGGGGGAGGGGGGGGGGGGGGUCUGAGUACAGUCGGGAGGGGGGGUGCUACGUCACUGCUACAUCAGUGCUACGUCACUGCUACAUCAGUGCUACGUCAGUGCUACGUCAGUGCUACGUCAGUGCUACGUCAGUGCUACGUCAGUGCUACGUCACUGCUAAGUCAGUGCUACGUCAGUGCUACGUCAGUGCUACGUCAGUGCUACGUCACUGCUACAUCAGUGCUACGUCAGUGCUACGUCAGUGCUACGUCAGUGCUACGUCAGUGCUACGUCAGUGCUACGUCACUGCUACAUCAGUGCUACGUCAGUGCUACGUCAGUGCUACGUCAGUGCUACGUCACUGCUACAUCAGUGCUACGUCAGUGCUACGUCAGUGCUACGUCAGUGCUACGUCACUGCUACAUCAGUGCUACGUCAGUGCUACGUCAGUGCUACGUCAGUGCUACGUCACUGCUAAGUCAGUGCUACGUCAGUGCUACGUCAGUGCUACGUCAGUGCUACUGUCCAGGUCCCAGGUGUCAUUGCAGCGUCAGGGUUUGGUGCCUGAGAAUGUGACUCGGAUGUCAGAGCGCCCCCUGGUGGUGCAGCAGACUCUGGGCGACGCUUCCACAGAGAGCGACCUCCUGGAAAACAUCUGGAAACUCCAGAACCUCUUCCAGAACCACAGCGAGUGGCUGCAGAAGCUCGACACACUCAUGAAGGGCCUGGAGGCGGAGCUCCGCAGUAUGCAGGCCCACUCUCUGCAGUCUGAAGGUUACCUGGUGCAGCUGGACGACCGCCUCUCGUCUCUGAGUAACUCCGCCGGACGGAACCUCACCACUCUAUCUGCCCAAGUGUCUCGCGCCUCGUCCUGGCUCCGGGACCAGGACUCUCAGCUCAGGGAAACCUCGGGACACAUCAGCGGUUUGAGGGAAAAGCUGGACGAGGUGAACUGGAUGGUGGGAGCUGUCAAUCACACCUUUACAAAUGACAUCAGCAUGCAUCACUUAAAGAUACAGGACCUCCAGAUUCAGAUCAGUAACAUCACAGAAGACACCAGCAGUUUAUGGGUGACCCACGUGCACACAGAGGCCCAGCUCCGGACAGAGAUGGAGAUCUUAAACACCAUCACCGAGGACCUGCGGCUGAAGGACUGGGAGCACUCCAUGGCCUUCAAGAACCUGACCGUUCUGGAAGGGCCUCCGGGACCAAAGGGAGCGAAAGGUGAAAAUGGAGAUCUGGGGCCCCCAGGGGCCCCCGGACUGAGUGGACACAGAGUGUUGACGCAGUGUUUUCUGAUCAAACAGGACGAGAUGGAGAACAAGGCCAUGUAUCUGAGCACGUACGAGGAGAGGGAGAGCGGCUCCAUGUGCGAGGAGCCCUUUGAGGAACACAACCUGUCCAAGCUCAACCUGUGUGACCCAGGUACGCCCAUGUCUGAGAUGAACAUGUCUGAGAUGAACAUGUCUGAGAUGAACAUGUCUGAGAUGAACAUGUCUGAGAUGAACAUGUCUGAGAUGAACAUGUCUGAGAUGAACAUGUCUGAGAUGAACAUGUCUGAGAUGAACAUGUCUGAGAUGCCCAUGUCUGAGAUGAACAUGUCUGAGAUGAACAUGUCUGAGAUGAACAUGUCUGAGAUGAACAUGUCUGAGAUGCCCAUGUCUGAGAUGAACAUGUCUGAGAUGAACAUGUCUGAGAUGAACAUGUCUGAGAUGCCCAUGUCUGAGAUGAACAUGUCUGAGAUGAACAUGUCUGAGAUGAACAUGUCUGAGAUGCCCAUGUCUGAGAUGAACAUGUCUGAGAUGAACAUGUCUGAGAUGAACAUGUCUGAGAUGAACAUGUCUGAGAUGAACAUGUCUGAGAUGAACAUGUCUGAGAUGCCCAUGUCUGAGAUGAACAUGUCUGAGAUGAACAUGUCUGAGAUGAACAUGUCUGAGAUGCCCAUGUCUGAGAUGAACAUGUCUGAGAUGAACAUGUCUGAGAUGAACAUGUCUGAGAUGAACAUGUCUGAGAUGAACAUGUCUGAGAUGAACAUGUCUGAGAUGAACAUGUCUGAGUUGAACAUGUCUGAGAUGAACAUGUCUGAGAUGCCCAUGUCUGAGAUGAACAUGUCUGAGAUGCCCAUGUCUGAGAUGAACAUGUCUGAGUUGAACAUGUCUGAGAUGAACAUGUCUGAGAUGCCCAUGUCUGAGAUGAACAUGUCUGAGAUGCCCAUGUCUGAGAUGAACAUGUCUGAGAUGAACAUGUCUGAGAUGCCCAUGUCUGAGAUGAACAUGUCUGAGAUGCCCAUGUCUGAGAUGCCCAUGUCUGAGAUGAACAUGUCUGAGAUGCCCAUGUCUGAGAUGCCCAUGUCUGAGAUGAACAUGUCUGAGAUGCCCAUGUCUGAGAUGAACAUGUCUGAGAUGCCCAUGUCUGAGAUGCCCAUGUCUGAGAUGAACAUGUCUGAGAUGAACAUGUCUGAGAUGCCCAUGUCUGAGAUGAACAUGUCUGAGAUGAACAUGUCUGAGAUGAACAUGUCUGAGAUGAACAUGUCUGAGAUGAACAUGUCUGAGAUGAACAUGUCUGAGAUGAACAUGUCUGAGAUGCCCAUGUCUGAGAUGAACAUGUCUGAGAUGAACAUGUCUGAGAUGAACAUGUCUGAGAUGCCCAUGUCUGAGAUGCCCAUGUCUGAGAUGCCCAUGUCUGAGAUGAACAUGUCUGAGAUGAACAUGUCUGAGAUGAACAUGUCUGAGAUGAACAUGUCUGAGAUGAACAUGUCUGAGAUGAACAUGUCUGAGAUGAACAUGUCUGAGAUGCCCAUGUCUGAGAUGCCCAUGUCUGAGAUGAACAUGUCUGAGAUGAACAUGUCUGAGAUGAACAUGUCUGAGAUGAACAUGUCUGAGAUGAACAUGUCUGAGAUGAACAUGUCUGAGAUGCCCAUGUCUGAGAUGAACAUGUCUGAGAUGAACAUGUCUGAGAUGAACAUGUCUGAGAUGCCCAUGUCUGAGAUGAACAUGUCUGAGAUGCCCAUGUCUGAGAUGAACAUGUCUGAGAUGCCCAUGUCUGAGAUGAACAUGUCUGAGAUGCCCAUGUCUGAGAUGAACAUGUCUGAGAUGAACAUGUCUGAGAUGAACAUGUCUGAGUUGAACAUGUCUGAGAUGAACAUGUCUGAGAUGAACAUGUCUGAGAUGAACAUGUCUGAGAUGAACAUGUCUGAGAUGAAAAUGUCUGAGAUGAACAUGUCUGAGAUGAACAUGUCUGAGAUGAACAUGUCUGAGUUGAACAUGUCUGAGAUGAACAUGUCUGAGUUGAACAUGUCUGAGAUGAACAUGUCUGAGAUGCCCAUGUCUGAGAUGAACAUGUCUGAGAUGCCCAUGUCUGAGAUGAACAUGUCUGAGAUGCCCAUGUCUGAGAUGAACAUGUCUGAGUUGAACAUGUCUGAGAUGAACAUGUCUGAGUUGAACAUGUCUGAGAUGAACAUGUCUGAGAUGCCCAUGUCUGAGAUGAACAUGUCUGAGAUGAACAUGUCUGAGAUGCCCAUGUCUGAGAUGCCCAUGUCUGAGAUGAACAUGUCUGAGUUGAACAUGUCUGAGAUGAACAUGUCUGAGAUGCCCAUGUCUGAGAUGAACAUGUCUGAGAUGAACAUGUCUGAGAUGAACAUGUCUGAGAUGCCCAUGUCUGAGAUGAACAUCUCUGAGUUGAACAUGUCUGAGAUGAACAUGUCUGAGAUGCCCAUGUCUGAGAUGAACAUGUCUGAGAUGCCCAUGUCUGAGAUGAACAUGUCUGAGUUGAACAUGUCUGAGAUGAACAUGUCUGAGAUGCCCAUGUCUGAGAUGAACAUGUCUGAGAUGCCCAUGUCUGAGAUGAACAUGUCUGAGAUGAACAUGUCUGAGAUGAACAUGUCUGAGAUGAACAUGUCUGAGAUGAACAUGUCUGAGAUGAACAUGUCUGAGAUGAACAUGUCUGAGAUGCCCAUGUCUGAGAUGCCCAUGUCUGAGAUGAACAUGUCUGAGAUGAACAUGUCUGAGAUGCCCAUGUCUGAGAUGAACAUGUCUGAGUUGAACAUGUCUGAGAUGAACAUGUCUGAGAUGCCCAUGUCUGAGAUGAACAUGUCUGAGAUGCCCAUGUCUGAGAUGAACAUGUCUGAGAUGCCCAUGUCUGAGAUGAACAUGUCUGAGAUGCCCAUGUCUGAGAUGAACAUGUCUGAGAUGCCCAUGUCUGAGAUGCCCAUGUCUGAGAUGAACAUGUCUGAGAUGCCCAUGUCUGAGAUGAACAUGUCUGAGAUGAACAUGUCUGAGUUGAACAUGUCUGAGAUGCCCAUGUCUGAGAUGAACAUGUCUGAGAUGCCCAUGUCUGAGAUGCCCAUGUCUGAGAUGAACAUGUCUGAGAUGCCCAUGUCUGAGAUGAACAUGUCUGAGAUGCCCAUGUCUGAGAUGAACAUGUCUGAGUUGAACAUGUCUGAGAUGAACAUGUCUGAGAUGAACAUGUCUGAGAUGAACAUGUCUGAGUUGAACAUGUCUGAGAUGAACAUGUCUGAGAUGAACAUGUCUGAGAUGAACAUGUCUGAGAUGAACAUGUCUGAGAUGAACAUGUCUGAGAUGAACAUGUCUGAGAUGAACAUGUCUGAGAUGAACAUGUCUGAGUUGAACAUGUCUGAGAUGAACAUGUCUGAGAUGCCCAUGUCUGGAGAUGAACAUGUCUGA